AUGGUCGCCGGUCUCUUUUCGAAGGGGCUGCUGCUCCUGGGUCUCUGCUCUCUGGGAGCUGCUCAGAAUGGCUCGAAACCACUUUACAAGAAUCCUAAUGCUCCGGUGAAUGAUCGGGUGGAUGAUCUAUUGGGCCGGAUGACCGUUGAGGACAAAAUGGGCCAGUUGAUUCAAGGCGACAUCACCAAUUGGAUGGACGCUGACACCGGGGAAUUCAACUACACCGGCCUGGUGGAGAACAUGAAAUGGAAGGCUGGAAUGUUCUACGUUGGAUAUCCUGUUCCGUGGGACUGGAUUGCGACCAAUGUCAAGAGGGCUCAGGAUUAUCUCGUCCAUAACACGACUCUCGGUAUUCCGGCUUUCGUUCAGACGGAAUCCAUCCACGGUUUCCUGAUUGGCAAUGCAACGAUCUACAACUCGCCAAUUGGAUACGGGUGCUCCUUCAACCGAGAUUUGAUCUACAAGAUGGGUCGACUCAUCAGUCAAGAGGCUCUUGCUCUGGGUGUGAACCAGCUCUUUGCGCCAGUGGUUGAUCUGGCUCGGGAGCUGCGAUUUGGACGAGUCGAAGAGACAUUCGGCGAGGACCCCUACCUUGCGGGAGAAAUCGGCUACUACUACACCAAGGGCAUCCAGAGCUUGAACGUCUCCGCCCAGGUCAAACACUUCGCGGGAUUCAGUCAGCCUGAGCAAGGACUCAACACUGCGCCAGUGCACGGCGGCGAGAGAUACCUGCGCACCACCUGGCUGCCGCCCUUCAAGAGAGCAAUCAUCGACGCCGGUGCUUGGAGUGUCAUGAGCGCAUAUCAUUCCUACGACGGAAUCCCCGCCAUCUCCAACCACCACGUUCUGACCGAAAUCCUGCGCGAAGAAUGGGGCUACGAGUACUUUGUCAUCAGCGAUGCUGGCGCGACCGACAGGGUCUGCAACGCAUUCCACCUCUGCCAGAGCAACCCCAUCGAUAUGGACGCCGUCACGCUGUCGGUGCUGCCCGCCGGUAACGACGUCGAGAUGGGCGGCGGUUCCUUCAACUUCCGCAAAAUCCCCGAGCUCGUGGAAUCCGGCAAGCUUGACAUCGACACCGUCGACACGGCCGUCAAGCGCGUCCUCAAGGCCAAGUUCGAAAUGGGCCUCUUCGAGAACCCGUACCCCGGCGCGCCCCAGUCCGAAUGGAAGAAGCUCAUCCACAGUAAGGAGGCGGUCGACCUGGCGCGCAAGAUCGACCAGGAGUCGAUUGUUCUGCUAGAGAACCACGAUAAUAUCCUGCCAUUGAAGAAGGGCGGUGACAUUGCUGUCAUCGGGCCUAUGGCUCAUGGAUAUAUGAACUACGGAGACUACGUCGUCUACGAGAGCCAAUACCGCGGCGUCACGCCCCUCGACGGCAUCAAGAAAGCCGUCGGCAAGAAGGCGAACGUGCACUACGCGAAGGGCUGCGAGCGAUGGAGCAACGACGAGUCCGGAUUCCAGGAGGCCGUGGACGCGGCUAAGAAAUCCGACGUCGCCGUCGUAGUGGUGGGAACGUGGUCUCGCGAUCAGAAAGAGCUCUGGGCCGGAUUGAACGCAACCACCGGCGAACACGUCGACGUAAACUCCCUCUCGCUCGUCGGCGCCCAAAGCUCUCUCAUCAAAGCCAUCACGGCCACAGGAGUCCCCACCAUCGUGGUCCUAUCCACCGGCAAACCCGUCACGGAGACAUGGCUCUCCUCCAACACCUCCGCGCUGAUCCAACAAUUCUACCCAUCCGAAGAAGGCGGACACGCGCUCGCCUCCGUCCUCUUCGGCGACUACAACCCCUCCGGCAAGCUCUCCGUCAGCUUCCCGCGGUACGUCGGCGACCUCCCCAUCUACUACGACUACCUGAACAGCGCGCGCACGAUCGGCGACGCAGGCCAGAUCCACGAUAACGGGACGCUCGAGUUCGGACACCAGUACGUGCUCGGCUCGCCGUUGGCGUGGUAUCCGUUCGGGCACGGGAAGAGCUACUCGGAGUUCGAGUACAGCGAUGUGCGGGUGAGCAAGACGAACGUGACGGACGCCGACACGGUGACUGUGUCGGUGAAGGUGAAGAAUACGUCGAAGGUGAAGGGGACGGAGGUGGUGCAGGUUUAUAUCCAGGAUGAGUUUGCGUCGGUGGUGGUGCCGAAUAAGGAGCUGAAGGGGUUCGAGAAGGUGGUGAUUGGGGCGGGGAAGACCAAGACGGUCAAGAUCCCGAUCAAGGUGGGGGAUUUGGGCGUGUGGGAUGUGAAGAUGAAGUAUGUGGUUGAGCCGGGGAAGUUUAUCGCGUGGGUGGGAAGCAGUUCGGAGGAUAUUAGGGGGAACGCGACGUUUUGGGUACGUUAG